GUGUGUGUGUGUGUGUGUGUGUGUGUGUGUGUGUGUGUGAACAGCAUGGCCAACAUUGCGGUCCAGCGGAUCAAACGGGAGUUUAAAGAGGUCGUUAAAAGCGAAGAGACGAGUAAAAACCAGAUCAAGGUGGAUUUAGUGGAUGAGAAUUUCACAGAACUGAAGGGGGAGAUCGCAGGACCACCAGACACACCUUAUGAAGGUGGCAGAUAUCAGCUAGAAAUAAAAAUCCCAGAGACAUAUCCGUUUAAUCCACCUAAGGUUCGGUUUAUAACGAAGAUCUGGCAUCCCAACAUCAGCUCAGUAACAGGUGCCAUUUGUUUGGACAUCCUAAAGGACCAGUGGGCAGCGGCGAUGACCCUCCGAACAGUUUUACUGUCACUACAGGCUCUUCUGGCCGCUGCUGAACCAGAUGACCCACAGGACGCUGUAGUGGCCAAUCAGUAUAAACAGAACCCAGAGAUGUUCAAACAGACGGCUCGACUCUGGUCACAUGUUUACGCAGGAGCUCCCGUCUCCAGCCCAGAAUACACUCGCAAAAUAGACAAGCUCUGCGCCAUGGGCUUUGAUAAAAACGCAGUGAUAGCGGCGUUGUCGUCGAAAUCCUGGGACGUGGAGACCGCGACAGAACUGUUGCUUAGUAAUUGAGUCAAACCUGAGGGGCCAAAGCACCUUAUCUGACACAAUCCACACUACCUUCAUCUUCAUCAAUCUCUUUUUCUUCAUCCAUCUUUUACCAUUCCUCUGUUCAGAACAGUUCAUCCCAAAGUGAAAAUGGCGUCAUCUUUAUGUUGUUCUAAACUUGUCUGACUUUAUUUCUUCCACGGGAGACUUUCAGAUGGAUGUUCAGGCUGCUCUGUAUCUGUACACAGAACGUCGGCUGGUGAUUGGGCAGUAAAACACACGUCCACACGUUUUCCUUGUACAAAUGCAGAUUGGUAUGGAAGCUUUUUGAAAAAAAUAAAUAAAUAAAUAGUCUAUAAACAAAAGUCAUAACUGCAAGAUGUAAACUCAGAAUUAUUUUUUCCACAUUGCAAUUUUAAGUUUAUAUCUCACAGUUCCUCUAAACUGAGUUCCAUUUUGAGUCGUAUCUCAAAAGUUUAUAUUUCGUAAUUCUGAGUUUGUCUUAAAAUUCUUUAAUUUCAUCUCAUAAUUCAGUUUAUAUCUCACUGAGUUUAUAUUUCAUAAUUCUGAGUUUGUCUCAAAAGUCUGGGUUUUUAUCGCAUAAAUCAUUUAUCUCAAAAUUUGUGAAUUUCAUCUCAUAAUUCAGUUUCAAUUUCACUGAGUUUAUAUCUCAUAAUUCUGAGUUUUUAAUUGUCUCAUAAUUCUGAGUUUGUCUCAAAUGUUGUGUGUUGUAAUCUCAAAAUUGUGAGAAAAAAAAUCACUAUCACCUUAGUUUUUUAUUCCGUGGCAGAAAUGGGCUUCCAUAGGUUUGGAACAAGAAGAGAGAGGGAAAGAUUUUGGGGUAAAAUGACCAUUAUUUUCCCUUUAUAUAUUCUGCUCUCUCUUCUUUCGUUUAUUAAUUUUGGUUUGAAUGUGCCUUUUUUCCUUCUUUCUCAUAAUCAUCAUCAUCAUCAUCUCCCUCAGAUUGGUUCUGCAAUCUGACUCUAGCCCCGCCCCCUCAAGCACACGCCCAAUCAACACUGUGGUCAUUUAUCUGGGAAAACAUUAGGAUCACAUUUUCAAAACUCCAGUCUCGCAAUGGUUCCUUCACUCAUAGAUGUUAAUCUCAAACAGUCAAGACUGGAAAAAACCCUCACACGCAAAUAAAUAAAAGACGAGAGUUCUUCUGUAAAUAAAGCUAUUAAAGUCUGUAUAAAUUUAAGCAAUGUGGCAAUGCCUUUAUUUAUUAUUGCUUUGUGGAAAAGUGAAAUAAACACCAGUUUCAUGGCUGAGCAUGUGA